AAGAUGGUGGCCACGAGGUACAAAAAGUAAAUUGUUUUAUUUUUAUACGUUUUUAUCCAGAUCUUAAACAAAAUGUCUAGGAUAAUCGUGAAAAACCUUCCCAAGAACAUCAAAGAAGAGAAAUUUCGGACUCUCUUCGCGUCAAAAGGAGAAAUCACAGAUCUAAGACUCUGUAAAACUAAAGAUGGCGUAUUUCGUAGGUUUGGGUUUGUGGGGUUUAAAACUGAAGAACAAGCAGAAAAUGCCAUGAAAUUCUUCAAUAAUUCGUUUAUUGACACUUCAAAGAUUCAAAUUGAGAUUGCCASAGAUCUCGGUGAGAAAUCCUCACGUCCGUGGAGUAAAUAUUCAGAAGGAAGCUCUGCAUAUCAGAAAAGAAUAUCAAACUCAAACGAAAGAAAACAAGGUAUAGAGUCGAAGUCUUCUGAGAGUGACAGUAAAAAUGAUGACAAAACGGCUAAAAGAAAAGAUAGAAAAUCAAAGUCAAAAGGAUUAAUUAAAGAAUUGGAUGAAAUUGAAGAAAAUACUGAGUUUCAGGAGUUUUUGACUGCACAUCAGAAUCGUAGUACCAAGUUAUUGUGGAGCAAUGAUAUAAGUGGCAAGACAGCAUCAGACAUGGACACUCAAGACCAUGAAAACAAGAGCACUAAGAACAGGAAAGCAUCAGUUUUUCCUUCUGAAGAUGACAACAAUAAUGACGACUCAUCAGAUGACAGUGAAAAUGAAGAAGAGAAUGAAACUGGAAACGAAACUUUGGCAUCUGCUACAAAUUUAUCGGAUAUGGACUACCUGAGAUCUAAAAUAGUUGCCCAAUCUAAAGAAAGUGAACCCUCUGACAACCCAGACAGUGACCCAAGAGAUUCAGGUGAUGAUGAUGACAGUGAUGAUGGUAGUGAUGAAAAUAAUUCCAGUGCCAAAAAAACUAGCAAAGACAAAUCCACUCCAUCAAAGCCACAAACCCAAGAAAAGCAACAAUCUCAGAGUUCAUGGACGUUAAAGAUGAGAGGCUUACCAUUUAAGUUAAAAGAAAAACAGAUUAUGGAAUUCUUUUCUCCCAUAGAAUGUGUUAGCAUUAGAUUCGUUAAUAACAAAAAGGGGCAACGUUCAGGACGGGCAUUUGUUGACUUCAAGAAUAAAGAUGACUUAGAAAAAGCAUUAAAAAGAGAUAAAGAUUAUUUACAAGGAAGAUAUAUAGAGCUGUUUAGAGAUGACAGCCAUGAUAAUAGGCAAGAUGCAAGAACAGGGGAGGAGAAUGAGAAACCAUGGAUAAAGAAAUUGAAGGAGAAAGGAAAUGAUGAUAACGAUGAGGAUGAAGGCAUUGGAGAGUCUGGAAGGUUAUUUCUUCGUAACUUGUCUUACACCUGCACCGAGGAUGACAUCCAAAAACUGUUUGAAAAACAUGGCCCUCUGUCUGAAGUGAACCUUCCUCUGGACAAACAAACAAACAAGACCAUCGGCAUAGGAUACGUGACAUUCUUGAUGCCUGAACAUGCCGUGAAAGCAUUUAAUGAACUUGACGGAAAAGUAUUUCAAGGACGACUGUUACAUAUCUUGCCUUCCAAAGCUAAGAAGACAGAAAAUGAGCUGGCUGGAGACACAACUUAUAAGAAGAAAAAUGAAGCCAAGAAAAAGUCCCAAAGCAGUAGUGACCACAAUUGGAACACUUUGUUCCUUGGUGUUAAUGCUGUUGCUGAUGCCAUGGCUGAUAAAUACAACACAACAAAGAGAGGGAUUUUAGAUGCCGAAUCCUCAAACAGUCUUGCAGUCAGGAUGGCUCUUGGAGAAACGCAAGUUGUUGCCGAUACAAGAAAAUUUCUGAUUGAUCAUGGUGUAAAACUGGAUGUUUUUGGGCAGCCUGUUUCCAGCAGAAGUAAAACUGUAGUAAUAGCAAAGAAUCUACCAUAUGGCACAAGGUCUGAGGAGCUGACUACACUCUUCUCACCUUUUGGGCAGCUUGGCAGGGUCGUUCUUCCUCCAUCGGGGAUUACUGCUCUCAUAGAAUUUAAUGAACCAAGCGUAGCCAGAAAAGCUUUUCAAAAGCUUGCAUACACAAAGUUCAAGAACUCAUUACUUUAUCUUGAAUGGGCUCCAAUUGAUGUUUUUGUUGAGAGUUCUGAGACAAAAGCCACUGAAGUGGAAAUGAAGGAUGCAGACCAAGACAAAGAAACAAAACAAGAAGAUAUUUCAGGUGAAGAAAGUGAGAGUGAAGAUUCAGAAGGCAAAAUUUUAUUUGUCAAAAAUUUAAAUUUUGAGACUACAGAGGAAACUGUGAAGGAGAAAUUUUUGCACGUUGGUGCUGUGAAGAGUGUCACCAUCGCAAAGAAAAAAGACUCCAAGAAUCAAGGUGAACUCUUAUCUAUGGGAUAUGGUUUUGUUGAGUUCAAGAAGAAAUCUUCCGCGCUCAAAGCAAUGAAAGAAUUACAGAACUGCAUGGUAGAAAACCAUGCUUUGGAGCUCAAGAUCUCUCAUAAAAAGUCCAGCGAAAAAGGCACCAAGCGACAGCGUAAUACCACCAGCAAACAGAAGAGCUCGAAGAUUUUAGUACGAAACGUGCCAUUUGAGGCAACUACGAAAGAAUUACGCGAACUAUUCAGUACAUUUGGUGAGAUAAAAACCCUUCGUUUGCCCAAGAAGAUGGCAGGCACGGGGCCACAUCGAGGAUUUGCGUUCGUUGACUUCUUGACAAAACAAGAUGCAAAGCGUGCUUUCGAGUCUUUGUCCRCAAGUACUCAUUUAUACGGACGCCGCCUUGUUCUUGAAUGGGCUGAAGACGAUGACGAUGUAGACACUUUAAGAAAGCGAACGGCUGAACACUUUCAUGGAGAGCCAAAGAAGAUGAAGAAAAAGCAAGCAAUUGUAGACGAACUCUUAGAAAUGACAGACGAAGCCUAAUUUUAUAGAAAAAGGGAUUCUAUUUUCUAUCAUACAGAAUUCAAUCUUGUGUGGUUUGUGGGAAUAAAACUAGAAAAAAAAUUUUUUUUUGAUGUUUGGUAUAAAAGAUGGCAAACAUUGCGUAUUAGAAGAUAUCGAACUCAACAAAUAUAAUGCCGUGAAUCAAAUUUAUGGUCAUAAUGAGAGAUGUUCUGAAGUCCCCUAAAAGUCCGAACCUUUCGUUUCGUACAGAAUGCUAGAACAUGCAUUAUUCCGAUUAUGACUAAAAACUAAUGAUUAAAUGAUGAGUCCCCGUUCCUCCAUUA